AUGGCCGACGCGAUCCGGGAGCACCCCCGGCAUGACCCCAACGCCGGCGAGAUCCCCGUCCCCCACGGCCCGGCGACCGGCAACGAGCACGGUCACUACCCAGAGACCACCCCCGGUGGUGCCACCGACCAUGAGCGCGCCAUCUUCUCGCACUUGACCCGUCCGGACGACCUCUACACCGCGGACGGCGUCUACUGGGCCGACCUUCCCCUGGGCAAGCGCAUUGCCUUCGUCAACAAGGUCCAAAAUGAGGAGGCUAAGCGCGAGCUGUCCGCCAUCGGCAGCAUGAUCAAGGCUGACCCCCUGAGCCCGAUCUCGUGGUACUUCCGCAACGCCGUCCUCCCCGGCGCGGGCCUCGGGCUGGAGGGUUACGUGCUGUUCAGUAUCGGUAACCUCCAGCCGCUGUUCGCAUCGGCCUGGCCCGAGUGCUGGGGCAAGCACCCAACCGAGUGCAGCUCCAAUUGGAUUGCCUCGGUUACGUAUCUCGAGGUGAUUGGCAUCAUGGUGGGUCAGAUGGCUGUCGGUGUCAUUGGUGACUGGAUUGGCCGUCGCUGGGGUCUUAUCCAGGACGCUGCCAUCAUGUUCGUCGGCCUCCUCAUGAUCACGGCGAGCUGGGGGCUUAACCUCAAUGGCUGGGUUAUCUGCUAUGCCUGGUCGUUGUUCUUCUAUGGUUUCGGUGUUGGCGGUGAAUACCCGAUUACCGCGACCUCCUCGAUGGAGAAUGCUGUUGCGUCUGGGAAGCUCUCGACUCGCGAUGAUCGUUUGCACCGUGGCCGGAAGGUCACCACCGCAUUCUUGAUGCAGGGCUGGGGACAACUGGUUAACCAAGCUCUGCUGAUCAUCCUGCUCUUGAUCCUUCACCAUGGCGAUGGGAACCCGCCCUACAGCAUCACCACCGUCCAAUGGAUCUGGCGUCUAUCGUUUGCCAUUCCCGCGGUCGGCACGCUCUGGCUCGUGUACUACCGUGCCUACAAGAUGCCCCACGCUAGCCGGCAGCUUGCGGCCGCCAAGAAGAAGAGCAACGUCACCGGCUACGACCUCACCUCCCUUCGCCUGACGGGCAGCAUCUUUGGCGGGCGUCUUCUCGCGACCGCGGGUACCUGGUUCUGCAACGACGUCUUUUUCUACGGAAACAAGCUUUUCCAGGCCCAGUUCAUCGCCGUCAUCAGCGACAACCCGAACUCGGUCCUGACUGGCUGGAUCUGGAACUUGUACAACGUCAUUGUCUCCCUGGCCGGUUACUACCUCGCUUCCCUCCUCAUCGACAACAAGUUCUACGGCCGCAAGAUGAUGCAGCAGGUCGGGUUCCUCAUGUGCUUCAUCAUGUUCGUUGUCCCCGCCUUCAAGUAUGACUACUACACCUCGCCGGCCGGCAUCAAGGCAUUCCAGGCCAUGUACUUCCUGUCUUCGUUCUUCAACCAGUUCGGCCCGAACAGCGUUACAUUCCUGGUGGCAGGCGAGGUCUUCCCCACCCCGAUCCGCGCUUCCGCUCACGGCUUCAGCGCCUGCAUUGGCAAGGCUGGCGCCCUGCUCGCUUCCGUGCUGUACAACUACAUCGACACUCCCACCAAGUUUUACGUCGUUCCCUGGUUCGGUCUUGCCGGUAUGCUCCUCACCUGGCUCUUCCUGCCCGACACCACCGGGCUCGACCUCAAGGAGCAGGAGCGCCGCUGGGCCUACAUCCGUGCCGGCCGCGACUCGGACUACCACGGCAUUGCCAUCCACCCCAAGCACUUGUCCCUCUGGGAGCGCAUCCGUGGCGUCGGCAAGCACUACAACCCGGACCUCGACAUCAAGCAGCAGAUUGAGGACAUGCGCGAGGAGUGGGCCAGCAAGGAGUGGCGCCGGCGCCAACGUGAGGCCGGUGGCGAUGCGACGGGUGCCAAUGACGAUUUGGAGCACGACGACGAGUGGUCCGAUCAGGUGCACGAAUAUUUCCGCAAGACAACCGAUUUCGGCAAGACCACGGAUGGCAAUUUGGGGACUGGAUUCGGCCAGCCUGAGAAAGCGAAGCCGGAGAAGGUUGAUGACGGGUCGAAUGAGAAGAGGGGGUCCAGUGUGUCAUCGGCGAGUUAA